UACUUGUCGGCGGAGUGGGUGUGUGGGUGUGUGAGAAGAGUAGCGGAGUGACAGCGGAGACAUUUUAGGACGUUUCCUUCGAACUUUUCGGGACACCGACGCCGAGGGGACAGAAGUAACCGUGACGUCACGCUCGUGUAUUUACCAGAGUGUCUCUCCGCUCUCGCGAGGGAUUGAAAUGCCCUCCGACUUUGUCGCACUUUUUAGCGGGGAGCUCGACCUGACUUUACCCGGAUCCCUGAGCUUCGAAGAAUCGGUGCAUGAACUUCUUCCUCGAGAGUUGGAGUUUUCUUCUACCACCCAGCAGAACGUAAAAACUAUGAGUCAAACCAGCGGUGGAGAGGUCGGACCCCCUUCAACUGCUUUAGCUUCAGAUGGCAUGUCCUCCUCUAUGACCAUGGAUGGCCCCUGCAGUGCUUUUUCCACCUCUUCUAGCUCUACCAAGCUUUGUAGUUCUUCAGCCACUGAGCUGAACCCAGUUCACAGCGGCAAUGCUGAUACAGAAGACAACAAGCGAUGCAGGGCGAUACCAGAGGUUCUUGGGGCCGAAGCCAGGAGUUGUAACAGCAACAGUGUUGGCCAUUGCCCGGCUACGAGUGAGGUUGGAGGAGAGAGAGGAGUGGCCUCCCAGGAGGACCAGCCACAUCAGCACAUGAUGCCACCAAAGCGUCGCACCGAACUAAACAUCUCUCCGCCUCCACAAGAUCUGCUUAGUGAUAGUCGAAUGUCCUGUCAGGCAGAAUCAAUGUUGGACUCUGAGCACAGCAACAGCAUAUGGAUGGAUGACUCUCUCUCCAACUUCAGUAUCAUGAGCACGACCUCCUACAAUGACAACACAGAGGUACCACGAAAGUCACGCAAACGUACCCCAAGACAAAGGCCAGGGCCCAAGUCAAGGCCUGCCAGCGAAGCCAGCAUGGAUGUUUUUGAUGCAGACAGCGCCAAAGGCCCACAUUUUGUCCUAUCCCAGCUCGGCACUGACAACAAAUCUGGACAAAAAGGAAGUUCACAGGAAGUUCCUCAGACGCCUCAACAGAAAGGAGUUCUAUCAGUGCAAUACCCCUCCAAGAGUGAAGGGAAGGAGCUGAAAAUCCUUAUUCAGCCCGAGUCUCAACACAGGGCUCGCUAUCUGACUGAAGGCAGUAGAGGAUCUGUGAAGGACCGAUCGCAGCAGAGCUUCCCCACAAUAAAGCUGGAGGGUGUGAAUGAGCAUGUGGUUUUGCAAGUGUUCGUCGGAAAUGAUUCUGGACGUGUCAAGCCUCAUGGAUUUUACCAAGCUUGCCGGGUAACUGGCCGCAACACUACUGCCUGCAAGGAGGUGGACAUUGGGGGAACGACUGUCAUUGAAGUCCCUUUGGCUCCCAGCACCAACAUGACCUUAGCUGUGGAUUGUGUUGGAAUAUUGAAGCUCAGAAAUGCUGAUGUGGAGGCUCGCAUUGGGGUGGCUGGGUCAAAAAAGAAAAGUACACGUGCAAGGCUAGUGUUUCGGGUCAACAUCCCACGUCAAGAUGGCUCAGUGCUCACACUUCAAACACCAUCGUCGUCAAUCAUUUGCACCCAGCCAGCAGGCGUACCUGAGAUUCUGAAGAAGUCACUGCAUAGCUGUUCAGUCAGGGGCGGGGAGGAGCUCUUCAUCAUUGGCAAAAAUUUUCUCAAAGACGCCGAAGUCAUAUUUCAAGAAAAUAUCUCUGAUGAAAAAUCCUGGAAGGCGAAGGCUGAAAUCGACAUGGAUAUGUUUCACCAGAACCAUUUGAUAGUGAAGGUUCCACCAUACCAAAACCAAGACGUCACCUCUGCGGUGUGUGUGGGCAUUUAUGUGGUCACCAAUGCUGGGAGAUCCCACGACGUUCAGCCAUUUACUUACAACCCACAUUCAGCAAACACUGAAGUUUUUGUGAAGAAAGAGUUGUCCUCUCCAGUGAAGUGUUCCUUUGAUGACAAAAUUCUAAAUAGUGCCUUGAUGCCUCCACUUCUGCCUCAAGUGAAGAAAGAAGAAGUCACUCCAAUGGAGGUUACAAACAACCUUCAAUCCUCUGGGGUGUUUAAGCAGACUCAGGAUCUCUGUCCAGUGCAGCAGAACUUAGACAUGUCUACAGGCCAUCAAAAUAAGAACAGAGAAUUUUCCAACACAAUGGCACAGCCUGCUGGUGAUUCUGGCAAAAGUCAUGCCCAAUUUUUUUCCAAUACAGAGCCUUUAACUACAGUCCAGAAGCAGGAACUACUGCGAGAAGUUGGCUCACAGCAGUUCCUCAGAGAACAUACCAUUGGUCUUGGGCAAGAAACCCAAGUCAGUAGUUCUGGUUCUGUUGGAGGACUGUGUGGCGAUCCACCACCGCAACAGCAGCAACUGUCCCUUUUCCCUUCAGAUGGAGUAGCCCAGUUAGAAGAAGCUGUAAGACAACUUAACCCUCAAGGAUUCUGUAGCAACAACUCAAUGACCAACCAACAGCAACACAUUCAGCACCAACAGAUACAAAACCAACAAAUUCAAAAGCAGCAGCAGCAAAUUCAGCAGCAACAACAGCAUAUUCAGCAGCAACAGCAGGCUUUGGAGAACCUACAACACCGGAUAUUUCAGUCACAAAUUCAGAUACAGCACGUUAGCGUGGAGCAGCAGGGCUCCUCGCCAGGUGUCGUGACAAACCAAGGAGCUCUCUUCCAGCAGACGCAGCAGCAGCAGCAACAACAGUCAGCUCUCUAUCAGCAAACCAAUGAACUGCUUUCUAUUCAGACUAACUUCCUUCAGCAGACACCCUCACAGCCCUCACCACCAACUUUCCACAGUACAAAUCUUUUGGCCAAAGCACAAGAUUCCCAAGGGGGUCUGUUUCUUAGCCAGAAAGCCUCCAACACUCAAGAGCAGGUGCAGGCCGCAUGCUUCCAAAACACCAACACCAUGGCAGUUCUACAGUCUCCAGUCCAGCAACCCCCACCCUCGAGUCUUUUCCUUCCCCAGUCAUCUCUUUCAUCUCAGCUUACAAACAGUAGCAGCCCGCAGCAGCAACUAGCCUUCCUCAAUGCUCUGCAAACACCUGCACCUGAGCAGCAAACAGGAUUUCAGAAUCCCGCACAGAUCUCUCCCAUUCAUCAAGGUGCGCCAAUGGAGCAACAGCAGCCUUCCCAGACAUCUCAACAGCAAGCUCUGUUUCAGAACAUCACUCAGCAUACAGCUGCAAACACACUGUCUGCAGGUCAACAGCAACAACCACAGGCCGGUCUACUAUUCUGUAACAACCCUCUGUCCACCUCAGACCAGACUUCCAGCAUCCUGUUCACCAAUCAGGGGCAGAUUCCUCCAUUGACCACCAGCAGUGUAGUCUCCCCAGAGACACAGAACCCUUCAUUGCUUUUCUCUCAAGCCCGUAUAGUGACGGUAAACCAGCAGGACCGCUCGGAGCCUAUGGCCUUAAGUAAUCCCAAUGAAACAUGUCAGCAAGUGCUGUUUCAGGAUCAGCAACCAAUGCAGUUUGGGACAACCACAAGCAAUAGGCAAGAGCAAUCUGCGGGACUCUUCAUGCCUCAACCAAACAUUACCUCCCUGCAGAACGGACUGGCUGUUCAGGAACUCGCACAGUCAGCCAUGUUUGGCUCACAGAAUGGUGUGACAAACCUACAAACGACCACCUCUUCGCCUGUCCAGCAGCCGGGAACACUAUUUCAGUCUACAGUCAGUGGAACCAUCAGCCAGCCAAGCCAGCCUCAACAACCUGAACUCUUCCUUUUUGGCAUUCCAAAUGAAUGUGGUCCGCUGAUGAAUGCACCAGGAAACACACUGUCGGAUCAGAUCAUAGCCAUCAGCCAGUCCGGCCAUAACCAAAGAGAAAGUGAGGCCCGAAUUCAGUCGCUCUACAGCCAGUCGCUGUCACAGUCGGUGACGGGGCGGAGCAGCAUGAAUGCCUCACAGAAUAUGGAGAAGAUUGAUGACCUGCUGGUCAGCUGCUUGCAAGAGCCAGGCAGCAGCUUAACGCGUUCAUACUAAUCAUACGUUUUAUUGUUAUAUUAUCAAACGUAAACGAGGAGUCAAACCUAUUAUGUGUAUCAAGAUGUAUGGGAAGCUUUGUACAUUUACCUGAGCAAUGGAAUGGUCUUCUAGCAUUGGAUUUGGUCUCCUUAGACAUGAGAAUUGGAAGAAACACUGAUUGUUACGUAUUAUUUGCCUUGAGAUGUCUCCUUGAAAACUUCUUAAAGUGAGCUAGAUCUGAGUGAAAUAGAAGUAUUGCUUAAUGAACUAAUUGUGUUCUUGAAUGUGUGUAGAAGUGCCCCUAAAAUGCUCCAAUGUACCCUGCAUGUGUUCCUCUCCUUAUUUCCCAGGAGUUGGAGUGCAUGGCAGGAAAGACUAGUGUGACUGUAAUGUGAUAGUAGUGGGAUUAGAAAAUAGUACAGAAAGUUUACCAAGGGAAGGAAUACAGGAGAUGGGGAAAUGAAAUGGAGACUCUCUUAUGCCAUUAUGUCAUAACAUAUAGACUACUAUUGACAUAUUGGUGUGUUUGGACCUGUGUUCCUCAAAUGGUGGACCUGGAACCCCUGGGGGGUCGCAAGCAGCAGGGGAGGGUUUGAUUAUUUCUGUCUACACUCGGGUAUUCAUGUUAGAAUGAUACGCAUACCUGCAGUAAGGUGGCAGCAAUGCUCAAUCUAAUCAACAGGCUUCCUGUUCAAUCUAGUAGAAGUUGUAAGUACACAGGAACAGGUGUACAGAGCUGGCAGAGGUAAAAAUACGGACAACGUUUGGGACAAGGAAAAGUAGUUGUUAGCGGGAUAUUUAAACAAUUUAACUUGCACUGUCUGUACAGACAAAUAAAUACCCGUUCCCCAGGGGGUUCAUGAGAGAAAAUACUGAUCAUUGAAAAGUACUGCUUUAAAGCAUUAUUUGAUCUCCACAUGGACCAAAAUGUGUAAAAAAGUUUUACAUAAUUUUUAAUCAGAUCGACAAUAUUUUGUCACAGGGUUGCUUAAACUAACAAUAAUUUCUCCUCAAGGUUUUGUGGCAUUCUUUUGUUAGCCGUAUGACUAAAUGUGACAGAAAGUAGCACUGACUUUAAGAUAACUGAGGAAUAUUUAAAGCAAAACUUUCAUUAGACUACAUAUACCAAACAAAACAGAAUGUAAAAUAUUUAAAUAUUGUGUCAUUUGUCCUUUGGAAGUGUCAUAUUGAUUGAAUCACUCUGCGUCAGGUACGCCUAACCUAGAAUUUAAUUCUAAUGCUUCAAAAGCUUGCCUAUGCCAGGAAGGAAUGUUUUCUUGGCCGUUUCUGCUUACAAGAUCUUGAGAACGUAUGCUGUUUUGGCUUCAGGUGUUCCAAGCUGUCUUUAAAACUGAAUGAAUUACCUGAAAUCAGAUUCUCCCUACCAACGAGGGGCAGCCAUUUUCUGGUCUUUAUCACGAUUGUGAAGUAUACUGCAAGGAAAUCAACAAAGCUAAGCCAAAUAGUUUACGACUUGAGCUUUAGUCAGGAGGUGUAAUUCCGGACAAAAGACUUCGAGUUGCAGUCCUCACGCUGCAGUAAGAGAUAGAAGAUCCCUUUAACAUUUCCAUAUGUCCUUAUGUCCGUACUCAAAAAAUGCCUUUUAGACUUUUUUAAUGCACGGCAUCUAGUCAAUGAUAAACAUUAAUUUGUCAAUAUUUUACUUCAGUCAUUGGAGUUGACGAAAAUUGGCUUGCUUUGUAUAAAUCUUGAAGAAGGGCCAGUUUUAUGGCUUCUAAUUAGUUUUUUUUUCUACUGUGCCAUUUAUUAUACAUUAUAAAAAAAACAUCUCCCAUCAAAUAGCAAAGUACUCCUUUUUUUGUUUCUGGUAUUUUAUCGUGCUCCCUUAUUAAAAAAAAAAAUAGAUGGAACGUUUCAUAUUUCUGUGAACAAGGGGCUGGUCUCUGACAAAAUACUUAAUACAGUGUCUCAAAUGUCCUAUUUGUGCUCAGUUUGUAAGAAAUGCAAUCAAUCGCCUUAGGUAAUGUAGAUGUGUACCCUUGAUUAAUGUGAUUCAUGGCGUGCUGUGUUGGUUUGAGCACAUCUGUUGUUCAGUGGGACGUUACUCCAGAAGGACACCUGACAGCUAUGUAUGUCGUUGGCACGCUUGAAAACUUGUGAAAAUGAAGAACCAAGAUUGCUACCUUUUAAAUAUUUAUGAUUGUAUUUUGUUUGUUGCUAUAGAACAGGGGUAGGGAACCUAUGGCUGUAGAGCCAGAUGUGGCUCUUUUGAUGACUGCAUCUGGCUCACAGAUAAAUAUUAGCUGACAUUGCUUACACGAUAAGUAAUGAAUAAUUCCGCUGGUAAUCACAGUGUCAAAAAUAACGUUCAAAAUAUAAAACAUUUUCAUGCAUUUUAAUCCAUCCAUCUGGUUUCUACCGCACCUGUUCAAGAAGUCGCAUUCAUGGUAAGAAGUAUUUUAUUUGAUGUUGGUUAGCUUCAUAAUAACAAUAUUAUUAAAAAAAAUAAGAGACUUAUUAUACUCUAAAAAUGUUGGUCUUACUUAAAAAUGAACGCAUUUAGUUGUAUUCAGUCUUAAAAAAAUAUUAUAUGGCUCUCACUGAAAUAAUUUUUAAAAUAUUUGGCUUGUAUGGCUCUCUCAGCCAAAAAGGUUCCCGACCCCUGCUAUAGAACGAUGUUUAUUAAGGCAUAAAUGUUUUAUUUGUGUGUCACUUUCUGUUUUUUUUAUCUGUGACCAAUGCUGAUCACCUUUUAGUGUAACGGUUGCUAUAUGACAAAGAAAAGUGAUUUUUUUUGGGGAAAAUACAACACACGCAUCCUUUUUGUACAAGUACAUUCUGGUGAUUUAGGUAAUUGAAUGUGGAACUUUUUUUUUUUCAAAGUUAUUAACUGGAAUUUUUGGCACUCCGAUAUCCUUUUAAAGAGAAACGUUCAGUAUUAUUUAGGCAGACGAAUAGAGUACUCAAUGUGAUUGUACAGAAUGGCGAACAUCUGACUGAUUUUAGAAUACUUUAAUACACACUGGGGAGGUGCGUACAUUAACAUGUGGAUGAAAUAAUACACACACACACCUAUUCCGUUACUUUCAAGAGAACAAUAUAUUUAUUUUUUACCAUUACCAGUUAGUUGUCAAAGUAUAAAACAAAUAUGCUUGUAGAUAUUGCAUAUGUGUGUGAAACAGACAGAUUUGUAUUGAGUUUGUUUAACACCCAACUUGCAAGCCGAGUAAAUGUGCUAAUAAUUCUGUUAUGAUGGAUGAAUCCAAUGUGUUGUGCAGUUUUUGUCUCGAUCUAACCUAUUUGUACUGAAGUAUGCAGCGCAUCAAUGUCAAACCACAUGGAUGAACAUAUUUUCUGGAACUGCUAUGCAGCGGAUUUGUAUACUGUAAAUGUAGAAAUUUUAGUUUUUGAAGAUGUAUUUUUCUAUAUAGCCGCUCACUUUUUAACAUUACAGGCUGUAGCCAAAGUUUUCCAUUCCAUUCUGUCCUUUCCCUGGGAAAUUUCCAACAAGUUUUUUAUUGGAUGGUGUAAUAAUCCCUUUUUGCUUGUAUGUUUUAUUGGGAUGUUUGCAUUUUAUCUAGGCUUUGUUUUAGCGGAGCAGUGGUGCUUAAUCUCUUUUGAUUCCUCUAAGAACUUGAGGUAACCAAACUACGAAAAAAAUCAGUACAAGCUAGAUUCAAUCAUAUUAAAUUUUUAAUUAUGAGUGGGGCGUAAUACCUGCAUUUGUUCUGCGACAAACAAUGUUCAUUUUCUCUUCAUUUUUUGACACACUUAAAGUUUCCCUACACAGGGGAAGCACUCCCCCAGUUUUAAUCCAGUAAAUAGAUUUUGGUUUCAAACCAUGUUAACAACUAUCAAAAAAUCUGUAUGUUCACCCUUUGUUGAGGACAUUUUUCUGUAAAUGUAUCUGAUCUAUAUUAAACAUGUAUAUGUUUAUUAUGAA